ACCUAGGACAGCACAUAGCUGUCAUCGGACUUUUGAAUAUGGUUUUGUUUGAAGUUGGGGGCCUCAUCGGGGCUCAUAUAAAAUAUACUACCCCUAGAUUUGAUUUCUGAGAUGAAACACAUCACUUAUCAAAUUCUAUCGACGAUAUCGAGUCCGUCCCUUCAACUGAAUCUCACCAACGUUUCAAUAAUUAAUAUCCCAUUUUCUAUCUAUCAUAAUGAAGGUCACCUCGAUAUUCUCAUACCUAGCCGCCGUCGUUCUCGUUGGGACGAUCGGCCCGGGUUCGGCUGCAGUUCUACCUCGCUCAGAUGCCGAUACCAUCGCCAACUUCGGACGGAUAGGCAUCUGCAUGUCUUACCUGGGGAAUGGCAACACGCAAAAGGAGCUCGCCCCGUGUAUGACAUGGUGCCCAACACAGGAUCCAAAUUCAGAUCCGAACGCCGUUGGUUGUAAGGGACCCGAUGUUCCUUUAGAUCAGCUCGACCCGAGUACGAUAGAAAAAGACGACGACGGAAACUCAUGGACAUCAGGCGAAUGCAUUUGCGAUCUUUCGGCUGCCGGUGCUAUUUUAGACGUUGUUAUCCAAGCUCUUGCUCAGCUUGAUAACGUGAUAUGCGCUGUUGUCCUAACGGCUGUUACGACGCUCGUUGAGGAGGGUAUCGACUCUGUGCCCGCUGGCACCUCUAUUCUAGCAGUUAAGAAAGCUGUCGAGGGCGCCAAGACUUUCGUCGAAAACGGACUCGACGCCGUCUCCUUUUUUGGUGAUUGGAUCGGGGGAUCUUGCGGCAUUUCCGAUUUCAACUUUAGCUUGGAUGAUGUGUUCGACGGCUUGUCCGACGCACCAGACUCGCUUGGUGAGAGUAAGGGAUGCUUAAAAAUGAAUAAACAAUGUCAGAAACCUUAAGCAUGUUGGACUGGGUUUGGGCGUUGGAGAGGAGAACGGGACGUGUGCUUUGAUACGAAUGGAGCAUUAGUGAUUUUGGGUCUUGGUGGUUGGUUGCAUCUUUAUCAUCGGCAUAUAUUAGGGCUUAGAUUGGUGCAUUAACCCAUCAUUAGGGGGUGGGAAUGGGUUAGGCAAUCUGUUUUACUUG